AUGACUGAAGAAGUACCUGUUUAUACAGCUGCUCUUCUCCUCGAUCCCUCUCGUAGAGCAGCAUAUAUUCGAAAGAACUGGCCAGAUGCUUGGGUUCAGCCAGCUAUUAACGCUGCUACGCAACUCUGGGAAGAGAAUUUUAAGGUAAAAUCUAUUACAGAUGAUGACCUAUCUAUACCCUCAUCAAUACCACCACCGGAAACCCCUCUAAGAACGCAUGGUAUUGAACUUGAUCUACUGCUUAAGGAUAUGGAAGUUAUUACAGCAGAUUUGAGGGAGGAUGAGUUCAAGAGCUUCAUCGAUUUACCACCUUUCCGUAUUGAUUGUAGUCCUCUUGAGUGGUGGGGUCGUGCAGAGCAGAAAUCGCGCUAUCCACGACUCCAUAGUAUGGCUAUAACGAUAUUAUCUAUCCCAGCAGAGUCAUCUGAGCCAGAGAGAGCCUUUUCUGGCUCUAGAAGGACAUGCUCAUGGGAUAGAUUAAGCCUCUCAUGUCUUAACAUUCAGAGAAUAGAAUGCAUUGGCAGCUGGAUACGAGAAGGCCAUAUUCGUCUCUCUAAGCUUAAUGGAAUGGGUCUGCCAAUGGAGGAUGCAGCAGAGGAUGAAGACGAUGAGUUACAGGGUGAGAUUCUGGAUGAAAUUGGGUGGAUUUAGGGUAGUAUUACUUUUUCUAGCUGACUAAGAUUUCUAUGGUUAUAAUAUGGUUAUAAUAUGGUUAUGGUUAUUGGUGGUUAUGGUUACCACCCUUGUGGUUAUUGAUGGUUAUGGUUACAGCCCCCUGACCUGAAUAACUAUAUUUAACCAUAUGCCCAGGUAUGCUACCAACUACUAACCCCUCCGAGUGACACCCUGAAUUCCAUCGCAUCGUAGCGGUAUCAUGCCAAAUAUGCGGUAGACAUACCAUGACCGUUAAUUCGAAUUAUCCCUCCAAGGCUGUAUCAUAUCCCAUUAAUUCUGCAUAUUCGUGCGCCGGCAUGGCACGCUGGAGACGACACUCCUCUGCCCAUUCGUCAUCUGGACAAGGCGCGACUGCAUGCUGAUUCCGAAGCCACCCAGCGUGUACCUGGAUCAUCGUGUAGAGGGCGGGAAAAAUAUAAAAGAGGGCCUUAGUGUGCAUAUUGGGUAUAAAACUUGUUGGUAAAGAUGCCACUGCUGUCAAGUAGAAGGGCGGACGAUCGAGAU